AAGCAGUCAAGAUAACCCUAGACAGUUGUACGCCUUUGUGACAAUACGGUGAAGAUGAACUUUCCUUGUUUCGCUUUCCCCCUGGCGUUGCUUGUAGCAGUUCAGCUCAACACUUUUACAUGGGCUGCAAUGAAUGUGACAAAAACCUCAGAUUAUGAUGAGCAAGGAAAACACCUGGGUGAGCAACCAUUACGUAGCAUGGAAAUAGAGUGCGAUCUUGACUCGUUCUCGUUGCGUAAUAGUAAACCAACCUUUCCAGAGCUCGAGAAGCUAGGUGUCACCCGUCCCCUCUGCCAAGGCGAGUAUUACGCCACUCUCUACAAUAAUUAUUGGGGAAUUGCAAGUUACUCACUCUACAAGAUUACCACCGCACAAGCCACGACACCCAAGAAACCAAGACCUAAAGGUGACCCAUGGCAACCGAAUCUGACGCCAGGGAUUCGUCAAGGAAGCACUAAAUUGUAUCAGAAACAACCUAUUCCGGGUAAAUACGACAGAGGCCACCUCGUUCCUGUUAAUAUCUUACGUUACAGCGAUGAAAGUGCUCGUGCCACUUUCACCUACACCAACUGCGUGCCGCAAAUUAAAGGUUUCAACAGAGGUGUGUGGAAAAAGUACGAACAGAAAAUAGACAUAUACGCCCGGAGAGUUUGUUCUCCGAACGGCGGAACCCUUUACCUAAUCACUGGCACAUCAUCGGUUCAAUUUGAUGAGGAACUUGAUAAUCAAGGUGAAAAAAAAAUUACCGCGUUGGCGAAACCUCAGCAGUUGUUCCAUGACAACGUGGAUGCAAAGAAGAAGAUCGCAAUUCCAAACUCAAUGUGGACGGUGGGCUGUUGUUUGAACUUGAAUACGAAUCAAGUCGUGGGAGCGUUUGGUGUAAUAGGUGAUAAUUCUUUAGGUAAAAAGCUCUUAAAUGAAUUUAUAAUGUCCAGAGAAACCGUCGCAGAUGUUGAAUGGGCCCUUAAAUUAGAGGAUCCAACAAUUGAGUUGUUUCCAAACGGCAAGGAUUGCUAUGACAAAGAAAAAAACGUUCAAUUGAAUAAGGUACGAUCUUAUUUUCCUUAAAAAGGAGUAUGAGUAAGAUCCUUGAAAGGAAUCUGAGGGGCAUCUUGUAUGAAAUAACAAGAUUCAGAUCAAUACACAAUUUUCAUCAAAUCUCGAUUAAUACGUUCGCUAUGAUUGGUGAAUAAAGCGGGCCGUAUUUCACUGUACGCCUCGCUAAAUUCAAAAGUUUAUUUAGACUGAAAUCUACCUCUACUAUUUGAACCCGAAAAAAUAUCUUAGUUACUCGUUUUCCUCGUGCUGUGCUGUAAGUUACGAACUCGGUUGGGAAGAGGUGUUUAGAGCUUGUAUUUCCAUCCUUUGUGUUCAAAAUAUGCAUGCUACUUUAUCUGCUAAACAAUAUAUAUUGUAACGACGAAGUGGAAUCAACGAAUCAAUCAACUGUGAUUUAAGAAAUUAAACGAAAUUUG